AUGAAACGCAAGAACGGCUCUAUCCGAAAACGCGCCAGUCGGCAGAGCCUCAACCUUCAGACGGGCUCGAACGGCCUCGCCAACGGCAGCAUGGAUUCCAACAUUGAAAUGCGAAAGAAGGGCGUGUCCCUCGAGUCUACAUCUACACAUACGUCCAGAGUAUUAGGCCAGUCGACCUUCUCCCUCGACGACGCCCCUCCUACCCCUCUACCUUCCGGAGAAGCUGUCAGUACCAGCUUCAACGACCUACCAGCGUCCGAUAAACGAAAUUUCCUUCUGUUAUGUGUACUAUACUUCCUACAGGGUGUCCCGAUGGGUUUGGCCAUGGGAUCGGUACCCUUCCUACUCAAACCAAACCUCUCCUACGGCCAGAUCGGCGUGUUCUCGCUUGCGUCAUACCCAUAUUCACUCAAGCUUCUUUGGAGUCCUAUUGUCGACGCAGUCUGGAGUCAGAGAUUUGGACGACGGAAGAGUUGGAUUAUGCCCAUUCAAACCAUCUCCGGCUUGGCAAUGGUUUAUCUUGGAAAGCAUAUCGGCAACAUGAUGACUGCAGCGGCAGAUAAAGGUGGUGAUGGAGUGUGGAACUUCACCAAGUGGUGGUUUUUCCUUGUAUUCCUAUGCGCAACGCAAGAUAUCGCUGUUGACGGCUGGGCCAUUUCGCUCAUUUCACCUCAAAACAUUGCAUUCGCGUCUACUGCCCAAACCGUCGGGCUUACGGCUGGGCACUUUCUUUCAUACACUGUCUUCUUAGCAUUCAAUUCUCCCCAUUUCGCCAACACAUGGUUCCGCUCCACCCCUUCCGAAGUGGGAUUAAUCACUUUGGGUGGGUACUUGAAGUUCUGGGGAUGGGCAUACCUACUUGUGACAAUAGGCUUGGCCGUUCUCAAGAAGGAGGAAAAGUCGAACGAGCGUGACGGCAUUGUCGAGGUAUACAAGAGCAUGUGGAAGAUCCUCAAACUCAGCAACAUCCAGACGAUUAUUAUCAUACACCUGAUCGCCAAAAUUGGCUUCCAAGCAAACGAAGCUGUGACAAGCCUAAAGCUUAUCGACAAGGGCUUUGGUCAGGACAAUAUGGCUCUAGUCGUCCUGAUCGACUUCCCGUUUGAGCUUGCACUUGGUUACUAUGCUGGGAAGUGGUCGACAGAAUAUACGCCUAUGAGACUGUGGUGCUGGUCGUUUAUAGGUCGACUUGCAGCAGCCGUUCUUGCCCAGGCCGUUGUCAUGAUAUACCCGAGCUCGCCUGGCUCGGCCGUCCCCGGAUGGUAUAUGGUUGCGGUUAUCGGAGAGCAUUUACUGUCAACGUCAAUGAACACCAUCAUGUUUGUCGCAUGUUCUGCAUUCCACGCAAAGAUAUCCGACCCUACCAUUGGUGGUACAUACAUGACAUUACUUGCAACCGUCUCGAACCUCGGGGGAACAUUCCCUAAAUUCUUCGUCCUCAAACUUGUCGACACGCUCCACAGGGCCACCUGCAUACCACCGUCCAAGACCCCAGAGGGCUUAAAAUCACCACUCAUAUCCCCUUUCUCCUGUGCAAUUGAAUCCGACAAGAGCCGUUGCAUUGCUGGUGGCGGCACAUGCCGCGUCGACCGUGAUGGCUUUUAUUUAACCAAUAUAUUAUGUGUGGCCGUUGGCGCACUCACAUUCUGGUUUUUUAUCCGGGGCGCAGUAACGAAGCUCCAGAGACUUCCGUUACGUGCAUGGCGAGUCACCCCAGAGAGAGAAAGCCGGUAA